AUGGCUGCGCGACCCGUUACUCCGGCUUCACCUAAGAAUGUUAAGGUCAAAACGCCAGCCCCGGGUACGCCCAUGUACGGCUGCGAGCAUGUGCAGCGCCUGUUAACACAGGGCCAAGAAGUGAUGAACAGCUCUAUCUCUCACUACAAAAUGAUCCUACGAGGGAUCUUCGAUACGAGUCCCGUCGUCGCGCAGACAACGAGCAAAGAUGGUCGUCCCGUUACCUCAAUAACCUCAAAUUUUCUCUGCCUCCAGUGUCCGACUACCCUCGAUGAGAGCGAACGAUUGAAUCAUGGGUCGAAGAAGCAGCAUAGAUUCUAUGUCGACUCUCGAAGCGGUUCCCUAUACUGCCAAAUGUGCGACGACCUCGUCUGGGAUCCCACUUUUGAAGAUCUGCGAAUACGAAAGAUGGGAACUGGUUCCUUCUCUGGACGAAAACGAAAGCACGAAGAUCUCUUCAGUGAAAAUGACCUACGGCUUAUUACCACAAACACCACGACGGCCUCAUGUAGGGCAAAUGGCCUUCGGGGCAUCUAUAACGCAGGCGCAACUUGCUACCAAAAUGUUGUGCUGCAGAGCUUUAUCCACAAUCCACUUCUUCGCAAUUUUUACCUGGGCGAUGGGCAUCAUGAUUGCAGCACACAGAACUGCCUUAGCUGUGCAAUGGACGACAUGUUCCAGGAUUUCUAUGCCCAUGAGACUACUAACGGGUUCACGGCAGCCAGUAUCCUAUCAGCGUUUUGGAUCUCAGAGAAAAAAGCAUUCGAAAAUCUCGUGACCACAAAGGAGCAGGAUGCUCAUGAGUUCUUCCAGUUCCUUGCAGAGGAACUUCAUGAGCGCAACGGCGAUGGGAAGAAGCCAGAAGAUGGCAGUGAGCAUAACUGUGAAUGUGUUAUUCAUCAGACGUUCUAUGGCAAAAUGCAAACAGCCACUACCUGCCAGAACUGCUUAAGUACCUCAAAUGCCGUACAGUCAUUCUUAGACUUGAGCUUAGGCCUGGAUAACAUGAACCAAAAGCGAAAGAAGAAGAGUCAACUCCCACGGCCAAUCAAUCUCAUGGAUUGUUUAGAUGAGGAGUACCUCAACUCAGACAAAUGCGAAUAUCGCUGCCAUGGCUGCAACUCAACUCAGCAGGCACGGCGACAGACCAGCAUUAAGCGCCUGCCCAAUGUCUUGUCUAUUCAACUCAAGCGGUUUGAGUUCAAACAGGGCGGACGCGACCGAGCCGCCUCAAAGAUUGAUGACCACGUCCAGUUCCCUCUACAGCUCAAUAUGCUUCCCUACACCCAUCAAUCCCGUGGUCGUGAGGGCAAGGAGAGCAAAGAGCUCGAGCGGUCCUGCAUAUAUGACCUACUGAGUGUGGUCGUACAUGUUGGAGAACUUGACACCGGCCAUUACAUGUCAUACUGUCGGGUUGGGGACCAGUGGUUUCGAUUCAAUGACCACAAGGUCGAGAUGGCCACCAUAUCUGAUGUGCUAGGUGCCAAAGCAUACAUCCUCUUCUAUAUCAUUCGAACCAUCAGUUGA